GCGAUACUAACCCGUAGUUAUGGUGACUCAACUUAGGAGAAACGGGAUGCUGCCUGUCUUUGAUUCAGCAUUAGCUUUUGCCAAGAAAGUCAAAGUCCUUUGUCGUGUUCCUUUGCCGUAUGCACUAAGCGCACAGGAACUUGCUGUAAAGGCGCUGAAAAUGUCCUACGACUGAAAUGCGAGGAUUUUGCCUCGUUUAAUGCGCAAGAAGAGACGAGAGAAACAGUCAUGGGAAUGCUUGAAAGAAGACUGCUCGUCGCUUUGGGCAUUCUUAUGCUCCCCGUGUUCUGCUUUACGCGUACAUCAAGUAAAGCAGCCUCGGGUGAUGCCAGCCCAGAUGCCCAGAGCACGUUGCCCCACUUCCUGAUGGAGCCUGAGGAUGCCUACAUCAUCAAGAGCAACCCGGUGAAGCUGAAGUGCCGGGCGACGCCCGCCCUGCAGAUCUUCUUCAAGUGCAAUGGGGAGUGGGUGCACCAGAGCCAGCACUCAUCCCAGGAGUACAUGGAUGAGAGCACAGGCCAGAGGGUGCGUGAGGUGGUGAUAAAUGUGACGCGACAGCAGGUGGAGGACUUCCACGGCCCUGAGGACUACUGGUGUCUCUGUGUGGCCUGGAGCCACCUGGGCACCUCCAAGAGCCGCAAAGCCACCGUCCGCAUCGCCUACCUGCGGAAGAACUUUGAGCAGGACCCUCAGGGGAAGGAGGUGCCAAUCAAGGGCAUGAUUGUGCUUCACUGCCGGCCCCCAGAGGGAGUGCCCAUGGCUGAGGUGGAGUGGCUGAAAAAUGAGGAGCUGGUGAGCUCCAUCGCCGACGACAACAUCGACACGCGCGCCGACCACAACCUCAUCAUCAACGAGGCCCGCCUUUCUGACUCAGCUAACUAUACGUGCCUGGCCAGCAACAUCGUGGCCAAGAGACGCAGUGCCACAGCAACCGUGGUGGUUUUUGUAAAUGGCGGCUGGUCUUUGUGGACUGAGUGGUCGCCCUGUAAUGUAAAUUGUGGCAGAGGCAUUCAGAAACGCACUCGCACCUGCACCAAUCCUGCCCCCCUGAAUGGAGGUGCAUUUUGCGAGGGCAUGUCUGUACAAAAGAUCACCUGCAACGCACUCUGCCCUGUGGACGGCGGCUGGGACGAGUGGGGCGAGUGGAGCACAUGCAGCGCCCAGUGCGAGCGUCAGCGCGCGAGGGAGUGCACGGCGCCAGCUCCCCGCCACCGCGGCAAGAUGUGCGAGGGCGAGAGCGAGGCCACGGAGAACUGCACGGGAGGCUUGUGCACCGAGAAUCGAAAGCUGCUGCAUGAUGUAAAACCUCAAAGCAUGGACGGUACUAAUGAUGUGGCCCUAUACUCGGGACUGGCAGCUGGGGUCAUCGCGGUUGCCGUCCUUGUUGUGGCUGUCACGCUCUACAGGAAGAGCCAGAGCGAGUAUGGGGUUGAUGUCAUCGAUUCGUCUGCACUCACCGGAGGCUUUCAAUCCUUCAACUUUAAGACCACCAGACAAGGCAACCCUCUCCUACUGAAUUCCUCAAUGCAGCCCGAUAUAACAGUGGGGCAGACAUACAGCAGCCCGAUCUGCUUUCAAGACUCCAUAGACAAAGAGCUCUUUGACCCCCUGCCCGACAUCAAGGUCAAAGUUCAGAGCUCCUUUAUGGUUUCACUAGGUGUGGCUGACCGGGCAGAGUACCACGUCAAAGCCCACCCCGAGACCUUUCCCCGCGGCAUGGACAGAGACUGCCACACCAUGGAUGGCCGGAAGAAGAACCUGACGCUGCUCUCGCGCCCCAGCGCGCUCACGGCCGGCAAGGCACAGCCGAGAACCACAGGUGUCUUCGGGCAUCUGGGCGGCCGUCUGGUUGUGCCGAACACCGGGGUGAGCUUGCUGGUAUCCCAUGGGGCCAUUGCUGAGGACACCUCUUGGGAAAUGUAUAUGGUGAUAAAUCAGAGGGAAUCCAGUGUGAAGGCAGCAGAGGGCUAUGAAAUUCUCCUGGCGCCAGAGGUGACAUACGGUCCCCCAGGGCUUGACCUCUCCUUCCCUGUCGCAAUGACAAUUGCCCACUGUGCCGAGGUUAACGCUGCAAACUGGAACAUCCAGCUCAAGAGACAAGCAAAGGACAACAAGUGGGAGGAAGUGAUGUCAGUGGAGGAUGAGUCAACGUCCUGUUACUGUUUAAUGGAGGCCAACUGCUGCCAUGUGCUGUUGGACCAGCCCGGCUCAUACGCCCUGGUGGGCGAAGCGCUCACCGAGGAGGCCGUGAAGAGGAUGAAGCUGGCUGUCUUCGGCAGCACGGAGCCCAACUCCACGGACUACAGCCUCCGCGUGUAUUGUGUGGAUGACACGCCAUAUGCCUUUCAGGGAGUGGUUACCACGGAGACAAGCAAAGGUGGACAGCUUCUGGAGGAGCCCAAGAUUCUGCUCUUUAAAGGGAACUCGCUCAGUCUGCAGGUGUCCAUCCAGGACCUCCCCCACUUUUUAUGGGAUAUCAAACCCUUCACUACCUGUCAGGAAUUCUCCUUCUCCCAAGUGUGGUGCAGCAACCAGCAACCCUUGCACUGUGCCUUCCUACUGGAGAGAUAUAGUUCGGCCAACACCCAGCUGUCCUGCAAGAUCAGCGUGCGGCAGGUCAAGGGCCACGAGCAGAUUCUGCAGGUCUACACUUCUGUCACAGAGAGUGAAAAACAGACGGUUCCAUAUUUUAUGCAGGCAGACUGCACAGUCACCUCGCACACGGGGGCCAAAGCCUUCAAAAUACCACUGUCAAUCCGACAGAGGAUCUGCGCCACUUUUGACACUGCCAAUGCUAAAGGCAAGGACUGGCAGCUCUUAGCACAGAAGCUCCACAUAGAGAGGAACUUGUCCUAUUUUGCGAAGCAGAGGAGUCCCUCUGCAGUCAUCCUGAGCCUGUGGGAGGCUCAGAACCAGGACAAUGGCGACCUUGACUCGCUAGCCAGCGCUUUGGAGGAGAUAGGCAAGAUCAACUCGAAGCACCAGCUCAAGAGCCCAGAGGAGCCACGCCAAGACUAUAACCAAUGAGGGAACAUUUUCGGUCUUAUUAUGGAUGAAAAAAAACACAAACAAGACAAAAUGAAACAAACUUCAAAAAUUCAAAAAAAUGGCCUAAUAUAAUCAACAUUCUGGCGGUCAACAUGCGGUAGGAGAAUGCAAACUCAAUCCCUGCAUCUCCAGGGUUAGUCACAGGGGAGUGCUGGUCAAAGCAAAGUCCACAGCAACGUAUCAAUUACCUAAAAAGCAAACUGUUCAAGUGCUUUGUACGAGCAAAAUGUCAUCUGUCAGAUCUUGCUUGCAGAUCAAAGGCACUGUAUUCUGUAUUAUAUGUGUGUGUGUGUGUGUGUGUGUGUGUGUGUGUGUGUGUGUGUGUGUGCGUGCGUGUGUGUGCGUGCGUGUGUGGUGGUAAUUUUUUACCAUAGAAUGAAUAAAGAAACUUGGUACCAGUCUACUGCAGCCAAAAGAAAGUUUAACCUCUUCGUUCAAGUCCAUCUUCAUCAUGUCAUAUUUUCUCGAGGUUUAUGGAGGCUUUACUCUUGAUAUGUGGUUGUUAAGCGUGAUUUCUGUUACACACACGUGCGUGUAUAUCUACCUUUGAAUUAUGUCCUGCUUGUACUCCUUUUAUUGAAGUUUGCCUUCUGAAAAGGACUGCAUUGCACUUAUGUGUUUGUUUGAUUGUUUUUUUUGUUGUUAUCUGUGUUUUGUUUACCCUGAAGAACCCGUGAACUCUAAUAGAAGCUCCGAGUUUACUCCAUAACUGCUAAACACUUUCUCAUAGUACCAAACUCACAAAGUAGCAUUUUUUUUCUCUGACCAUGAUAAGUACAGUCUCUAUGUUUGUACUAAUCCCUUCCCUCUCCGAGCCUUGGUCUAUGGUGUUUGAUCUUAUUUGCAUAUAUAUUGACUCUUACAUUUUCACAUCUGUACCAAAUAGCAGAGGAGAAUUUAAAAUGCUACACUAGGGACUGUGUUGAUUUUUCCGCUUCCUCCAUCCAGAUAUAUACCACUGUGCUGAUGAAAAAGGGAAUCUGCGCAUAGUGCUUCUGCGUGAAACUGUUGGCGUUUGGAUGGGAAUGUAGUGAGCCUUGGUUUUGCAAACAGUAGAGUCCUAUUUUUUUGCUGCAAAGGAACCUCCUAAGAUCAACUCACCCUUUACCUAUAUCAGGUCUCUAAAAAUAUCAGUUCCAAUAUCACGCCACAUAAGUCACACCAGCAGAAGGCCCUGGGAAGGGACACUAUAUAUCUGGAAGCUUAGCUUUUUCCCCUCUCAUUAGCAUAUAUUUAACUAUUAUUUACCAGAGAAGAUUGUUUCAUGUUUCAUGGAUUCAGUGGUUUCAACAACAUUUUUUUUUUUUUGAAGUUGGGUAGUUGUGUUUAGUUUGUUCAACAUUCCUGUGACCUAAACAUGCAUAUUUUGCUCAGGUUCAGACAUUAUGCAAGGUUAGCAGGUCCACAAAAAUAUGCAUAACCGCUGGACAUACCACUUCACCUACAAGUGUUUGUGCCGUAAUUGUCAUUCUGCGGCACAGUGGAUGGGCCUGCCGUUAACCUCGUAACAUUACUGAAAAAACACCCAGUAUUUGAUGUUAUUCUUACUGUAAAACACAACUUCAUUUCAUUCAAGUAGUAUGUGUCGACUGCUCCCAACAGCAUUUGCUCUGUCAGUGUAUACACUGUUGAGACAUCGCAACAACAUUAUGAAGGAUUGAGGCCUGCUAUGACAACACUAAAGAUUAGGGGCUUGCUGUUGUGGUGUCUUUCCCUCCUAGCUUGCUUUUAAAAAGCCAUGCUACUCUGUCCUGUGCCAUGCAGAGCUUAGGUUGUCUUACCAU